GCGGGGGCUGCUCGUGCCGAUCCGAUCGUUUUUGGCCAGGAAUCACCGCUAUUGUUCCGGAGAGUCUGCCCCGUGCACUCAUUCCGUUUAGUAAGGUAUGUGCACCGUUCCAUCAAGUGCCACCAGGAAUGCGGAUGGGACGUCGAGCGAAGCGUGGCGCAGACCUGGCAGUAGGGUGUAUAUCAUCAUUCGACAAGGUGCGAGUGCCGCGUUCCGGUAUUGGCCAUCCCAGGUGCGCGUUAGCUGUGCUUCCGUUGCCACCACUGUCCAGAGGGAGGACGCAAAGUUCAUUUAUUGUUACUCCUGGAAGGAAAAUGUAUGUAGGUCUUCGCCAAGAAAAAAGACAUUGCAGUCAAUCCCUGCCAAUACAAUGGAGACCCGGGAUCUACGUUUCUGUGAAUACGUUCUUCUGUUAUACGUGGCGACCUUUGAAGAGAGACAGGGCGAUUGUCUGGUUGUGAAGAUUAAAGAGCAUCGGGCUUCAGUUCGUCUGCCGUGUACUUGUUGUCACGGCUUGCGGAAUGUGAGGCUUCACGGUCAUCCUCGUAUGUGUGACAAAAAACGAUACUUUACCUCAAGUAGUCAUGUAAGCGGACUCGUCUGUAUGCUGAGGGAGGUAGCCUUGCUAACCCGCACUGUUGGAUCAAUGUCACCUGCAAUGCCCGAAAAGCAACCCAGUACUCAUAUAUCUUGUUAGGAAUCCGUCCAGUCGCUCCUCUGAUUGAAUUGAGUAAGGAAGCGCAGGUGGACCUAGUAGCUAUGACAGUAGCGAAAUUAUCUGCACUCCGGGUCAUUGUCGAUUAUGUGGGUGGGUGCCUGUGUCUGUCACCCGCACAAUCCAGAGCACGCACGGUGCUUCGCAAAAACGUGCCUUUUCCAUCCGACAAGUCUCAGCAUUACUGUAGUAGCUCGCAGGUGCAGCCUUGUCUUGACUCUUGAAGGCCUAGGACC